AUGAAAGUCCCAGAAACAAUCGCUUCAAGAGCCACUGCGUCCAGGAGCGACGAUUGGGUGGGAUCGCGACAGGAGGCACUGGCGUUGAACGCCCGAGAGGCUCAGCUACUGCUGCAGAAGCUACGCUCUGCUGAGGCGGCUCUUCAUGACGAGCGGCAGCUGAGUAGCCGGGAGCGUGAGGUCAUCGUCGAGCGACUGCGGUUUGCCGAGUCUCAGGAUGAGGCUGCCAGGGAGAGGCUGGCACGUGCCUUGUCCUCCCUGCGAACGCGGGCUCGUGAGGGGGCUGCGGAGGCAGCUGCUCAGCACGGCCAGACCGAGGACUGCCUGGUCCGGUUGAAGGAGGAAAACGUGAAGCUGCAGGCUUCUCAAGCAAGCUGCCAUGCGCAGCUUCAAGAACUGCGCGAAGAGUUGGCGAAGUCCCACCGGUCAAAACAAGAGGCUGUAGAGGACAAAAGCAAGCUGCUGGAGGCCCUGACGCAGCUGCGUUCCGAGCGGGCGGAGGAGGCGAAGCAGCUCCGGGUGCAGCAAGACCAGGGUGCACAGCUGGUGCAGGUCACAGCAGAGCGAGAAAGGCUCGCGGUAGACGCCAAGAAGCUCCAGUCCGAAUGUGAGACGAGGCAGAGAGAGUGUCGCCUGCUCGAGUCCACCCUGGAGUCUCAGCGCAAAGCGGCAAGGUAUUUGGAGGCACAGUCGGAGAAGGAGGUGCGAAUGCUUCGGCACGAGAUGAGCGAGUGCUCCGCCUCAGAUUUGCAGAGGGCGGAAGCCGACGCAAAGGAGAAGGACCGUCUGACCAAAGCCCUGGCCGAAGCCAUGGAACGCCAGCAGGCACCCUCGAAUCUUCUGCAUGAGCUAAAGCGUUGGAACCACCAGGCUCGCGAGCAAGACAGCAUGAGGCAGGACAUUGAGCGAAUCGCGGCCGAGGUGCCUGGGGACAUGCUCCUGAGCGAGCUGCGUGAAGCCCGGACGAGAUGUCGGGUACUCGAGACAGCUCUGGAACGGAGGACUGCUGGGCAAGACGAGGCUCAUGGCCAGCUGACUCAGGACUCUGAUCGUGCUCGCCAUGAGCUUCGGAAAGAGAUGCGAAGCUGGCUGAAAGGCGAAGCGGAUGGCAGGCAUUCCGGCGAACCCAGGUUACAAUCUCCACGGCUCCAGUCGCCGGUCACGGCAGACCUGGAGCGACGAUGUCAGGACCUCCAGUUUCAACUGGACAGGGCUCUGGAGGAUGCUGCAGCUGCGAGGCAGCGAGUGGCGGAUCUGGAGUGGGACACUCGCGAUGCAACUUCGAGCCUGUGGGGCCAGGGACGGCAAACACCGCUGGCGAACAGGCAAGCUUCGAUGGAGCUUGAGAGGACGACAGUGUCUUUGGAAGCGGAGAUGAAUGCAGCUUUUGCACAGGCUCAGGCAGCAAAAGCCGCGGAAGAGUCUGCGCUUGUUGCCCUGUCCGAAAGUGAGCGCCGCUGCCACAACGGCCUGCGACGCAUGGACGCGAUGUUGGCAGACACCAAGGAGCUGACCCGCGAGCUGGCGAAGCACAAGCACCUGGCCAAGGGAAUGGAUGACCUGGUCCGUCGUCACGAGAAGAUGCUCAGGCAGCGCGACCAAGAUCCUUUGCAAGCCACUCCGACCUUUAGCGAAGUUCGAUCGCGUUCAGGGAGAAGGCCUUCUCCACAAGCCCGGCAACCCACGGUGCAUCCAAAGUGGUCAGUUCAGGAGGCGGACAACGGCACUUCGGGUAGAAGCGAGUUGAGGGCUGACCUACACCGAACUGGAGGCCCAGACUCCCGAAAGGCUGCCGCUUUGUCUCUGAACUCGUCUUCCGAUGCAGGUAGGCUCCGCAGCGGCUCCUUAUCUCCAAGAGAACGGAGCAAGACACAGGAGUUGCGGGGCAGCCCGUAUUGGCGACCGCUCCAAGGGCAGCCUUCUGCGAACUUCGGGAGUGCUUCUCGCUGGAGGGAGGCCUCUGGUCGAUCUGAAGACAGGCUUGCCUCGGGAAUCUGA